GGCGGCCUGGAGCACCGCGCGCGGGACAAGCAGGAGCCGCCCAGCGGGGACCCCGAGGAGGGGCCUCUCCGGCAGGACCAGUGUCCCCUAGAGGUGGCACCGGCCCCCGAGAAGGCCGAGGGCCGCGAGGGCCCCGGACAGCUCUUCAGCGCGGAGGGCGGAGAGCGGGCGGCCGAGGGCCCGCGGGGACCGGGCAGGCAGCGGCUGCACAUCGACGCCCUCCGGUGCGACGUCUCCGUGCGGGAGGACGACCGCCAGGAGUGGACGUUCACGCUGUACGACUUUGACAACAGUGGGAAGGUCACCAGAGAGGAUGUGUCCAGCCUGAUGCACACCAUCUACGAGGUCGUCGACGCCUCCAUCAACCACUCCUCGGGCAGCAGCAAGACCCUCCGCGUGAAGCUGAGCGUCAGCCCCGAGCCCUCCGGCAAGAGGAAGGAGGGUCCUCCCGCCGGCCAGGACCGGGAGCCCCCUCGCUGCAGGACGGAGGCUGAGCCCGCCGAGGACCCCCGGGUGGCCGACAGGAGGCUGUCCGCCCAUGUCAGGAGGCCCAGCGCCGACCCCCAGCCCUGCUCAGUGCGGGGACCCUACUGCGUGGACGAGAACACAGAGCGCAGGAACCACUACCUGGACCUCGCUGGGAUUGAGAACUACACGUCUAAGUUCGGCCCCGGGUCCCCGCCGGCGCCGGCCAGGCAGGAGCAGCACGCCAGGGCCACCCACCCGCAGAGCAGGUCCCGCUCCCAGGAGCCGGACACGCCCAUCCCGCAGCACCGCCGGUCCCAGGUGCUGGCCGAGCACGCCGCGCUGGCCACGGAGCCUGCCGCCUGGGCCCUGGACACGCAGCCCCGGCUGAAGGGGCAGGAGAAGCCACUCAAGUCCCCCAAGGGUGCAGGGAAGCUGCCUGGGCUGCCCGGCAGCAGCAAGCCCGGCAGAGCCUUCAGCUACUACCUGCCGGCCCAGGCCCCGCCGGACGCCCACCACCCCCCGCAGCCCCCGCCGCCGCCCUACGGCCACCGGCGGUACCGGCAGAAGGGCAGGGAGGGCCACUCGCCGCUCAAGGCCACGCACAGCCAGCCGGCCGCUGUGGAGCACGAGGUGGUGCGGGACCUGCCGCCCGUGCUGGCGGGCGUGGUCCAGCGGCACGAGCACCACCACCACCACGAGCACCACCACCACCACCACCACCACCUGCUGCCCCACCCCUGCUAGCCGCCCGCCGGCCCGGGCUUGGCCUCCCCACCCAGCAUCCGGGCACCUGCCCGACGGCAGGUGUCGGCGGGGAGGCAGUGCCGGGAGGGCCACGGGGGCGCUGCUUCCUCUCCCCGAUGCUGCUGUGUCCCCGGCUGCAAAGCCGCUCGGUGUGACCCGUGAGCACCACACACGCCAGCGUGCGAUUCUGCACUGAGGCCGCGGAGCGCUGGAGGGAGUCUCUGCUCGGACGCUCUUGGCGUGUUUUCCUCAAAGUGCUUCCACGCUGGGUGCUGCGGCCGUUACGGGCACAGGGGCGCGGCGGGGCCAGCGGUGAGUGGACAGGCACAGCCUUUGCGUCAUUCGCUCAUCGCGAAGUCUCAGCCGGUGGGUGGCAGCUCCUCCUCGGCAUGCAGCGUCCUCAGCUGCACUGGGCCGCGCAGGACUCAGCGGGAGACGGGCGGCCGAGGGAACUGUCCAGAAACGGCAGAGACAAGGCCAGGGGAGCGGCUGGGCCGGCGCUCGCUGGGGGACAGACCUUGGUGUCGCCGGCGUGACAGUGGCCGGGAGGUGGCAGGAGAGGCGGGCCUGAGGUCAGCGCAGAGCAAGGGCAGGCUCAGGCAGGCCCGGCUCCCCGGCAUCUCACCCCCGGGGCCCUGGUUGCUGAGGGCCGCGCAGCCACGAGCUCCACCAACGCGGGAACCUGAGCGUCCCCAUUCCCUGAGACGAGCAGGGGGGGCUUUCUGGCCGCUGAGAGCGUGCCGGGACUUCGCGCUGCUGCCUGGCGCUGUCUCCAAGGGCAAAUCAGAUUUGUGGUCACCUGGCAAUUGAUACUUUUUCCAAGCAUAAUAAAAAUACGUGCAUUUUGUAAUACGUGAUACCCUAUAU